UUUAUAGCUUUGUGCAGGUGACAGCUCAGAGGUGACGUAGGCUCAGACCAGUCAAUUCUUUGCCUCAUUCCAGAGAGACGUUCUGAUCCUUCAAGACGUCUUCAAUCACUUCAUCUCUUUGUGAAUCCAUAUCUUAUAGUCGGAUCCACGCAACCAGAACCGAGGGCUCUAUUUAAAGCUGGAAAUGGCGCAAUACUUGUGUCUGCUGAUUUCGGCUUCCUUCAUGUUCAGCCUAGCCUUCAUUGCCCUCUUGAUGGGUAUUUUGCUACCAGGAUGGUACUACGCGGAAAACCGCAGAUCUGUCCACUUCAGUACCAACUGGUACACUGGGCCUAGUAGCGAUGCAGACGCUACUGAAGAUGACCAGCAGUACAAUAAAUGCGUAAAAGCUAUUUAUGGAACUUUAUUAGCAAGCAUGACUUUGACAUCACUGUGCGUCAUGUCUAGUCUCCUGUUGCUGUGGGCCGAUGUGUUUGGUCACGUCCACAAAUGGAUGACUGUCCUACCAAACAUCACAGCGUUGCAUGCCAUAUUUGCAGGCUUACUGGCAUACGUAGCAUGCACGCUUCUAUUCGUCCUAAUAUACAAGAUGGAAUUGGCGCCCGGCGAUAACAAAACACGUCUUUUGCCCAGCUAUUGUUUCUACAUCGUAGUUGCGGCAGCAUGCUUGCUUCUGUUCGGUGGAUGCUGUCAUCGUUGCGUCAAGUUCUCAACCAAAGUGGAUUGCCUGGAAAAGGAAGUCUCCACCAAAGCUAAGACGAGCGAUUCUCCACAGGGGUUCCAAGCGCCACAGAACACAAGGAUGAACCCAUCUGGUUCCAACGCCAGCAAAACCAAGACUCCGUGGAGUAUCUUCGUCAGUUCCACGUCAACUCAAACUUCGUCAGUGGGAGACAUGAAGAAAGCUGCAGAGGCGUAGAUUGAAACCAACCUGUGAAGUGAAUCACCAAUGAAUUUCUUUUUACAUAUUUAUUCAUCAUAAUAUAUACUAAGUAUAGAAGUUUCAUAAGAUGUAUAAAUAUAUAUUAUAUUCUAUAACAAACCGUGGCUGAGGGGACUACCAUAAAUCAAAGUUCUAGAUACUUAACUACAUUCGAAAAGAUUCUAAACCGAUUCAGUUACUACUACUUUAAUUACACUUAUAUUGUAUUAUUAGCUUCUUUAUACCACAAAGUAUUAAAACUUCAAGCUACUAAAGAAAAGUACUUUUUUUUAUAACCGUCGAUCAAUACAAAAAAAGGGCACUCGCUCGAAUACCAAAAAUAGUGAAUACCGUCAGUAUAAAGUGUCAUUCCAUUCAGUAAGUAAAUGGACCACAAUCCGUUCUUUACCUAUUUACAGUCUAACAGGAUGUCCACUCUUUGCCAUCACACAGAUUAUGAUUGAACCAUAUUAUAUUUUUAGCAUUUAUUAACCAGUCAACCAAUAGUAUUAACACUCUAUUUACUUUUGUUUCUUAAUCAACACUAUAUGUAAUACUACCUGUGAUAGAUUAUCUCUUUUUUUUAUUCCAGACCAUAUUUUCGUAUUCUGAAUGUCUGCCAUUAUUGUUGCUUUCAGUAUUUACUGUGAUACAGUUUCCAUAAUUUAAAGAUGUAUUUAUGUUAAAACUUGCCUUUAUUUUCUAUCUCAGUUAAAAUAAAAUGAAAGCUUUUAUAUCCUAAUAGCAAAUAAACAAGUUUCUCAUUUUUA